GUGUCAGGCCGGCAGAGGGCGGCUCUGGAGGUGGCGGGGGAGGGCCGGGCCUGCCGGGCCGAGAUGGCGGCGGCAGCGGCCGGGACCGGGACUUGGGCGGCCCAGGAGAAGCAGUUUCCGCCGGCGCUGCUGAGCUUCUUCAUCUACAACCCGCGCUUCGGGCCGCGCGAGGGAGAGGAAGAAAAUAAAAUUUUGUUUUAUCAUCCAAAUGAAGUAGAAAAGAAUGAAAAGAUUAGAAAUGUUGGAUUGUGUGAAGCUAUUGUACAGUUUACAAGGACCUUUAGUCCAUCAAAACCUGCAAAAUCUUUACACACACAGAAGAACAGACAAUUCUUCAAUGAGCCGGAAGAAAAUUUCUGGAUGGUCAUGGUUGUUCGAAAUCCUAUCAUUGAAAAGCAAAGUAAAGAUGGGAAAGCAGUUGUUGAAUACCAGGAGGAAGAACUGUUGGACAAGGUCUACAGCUCAGUGCUGCAGCAGUGCUACAGUAUGUACAAGCUUUUCAAUGGAACAUUUCUGAAAGCCAUGGAAGAUGGAGGUGUCAAGCUUCUAAAAGAAAGAUUAGAGAAAUUCUUCCAUCGGUAUUUGCAAACACUCCACUUGCAGUCAUGUGACCUGCUUGACAUUUUUGGUGGGAUCAGCUUCUUCCCAUUGGAUAAAAUGACUUACUUGAAAAUCCAGUCCUUCAUUAAUAGAAUGGAGGAAAGCCUGAAUGUGGUGAAAUACACUGCAUUUCUCUAUAAUGACCAGCUCAUCUGGAGUGGAUUAGAACAAGACGACAUGAGGAUUUUAUACAAGUAUCUCACCACCUCUCUGUUUCCCAGGCACAUUGAACCUGAGUUGGCAGGAAGGGAUUCCCCUGUAAGGGCGGAAAUGCCAGGAAAUCUUCAGCACUACGGAAGAUUUCUUACUGGACCUUUGAACCUUAAUGAUCCAGAAGCAAAAUGCAGAUUCCCCAAAAUCUUUGUAAAUACAGAUGACACUUAUGAAGAGCUCCAUUUAAUUGUUUAUAAGGCCAUGAGCGCAGCCGUGUGCUUUAUGAUCCAAGCCUCCACACAGCUCACUUUGGACUUCUGCCGGAGACUGGACAGCAUUGUGGGGCCUCAACUCACUGUGUUGGCAUCAGACAUUUGCGAGCAGUUCAAUAUCAACAAGAGGAUAUCUGGGUCUGAGAAGGAGCCCCAGUUUAAGUUCAUCUACUUCAACCACAUGAAUUUAGCAGAGAAGAGCACAAUUCACAUGAGGAAAACACCCAGCGUGUCUCUGACGUCCGUUCAUCCUGACUUAAUGAAGAUUCUGGGUGAUAUCAACAGUGAUUUCACUAGAACGGAUGAAGACGAAGAGAUCAUCGUGAAAGCCAUGAGCGAUUACUGGGUCGUGGGGAAGAAGUCGGAUCAGCGGGAGCUCUAUGUGAUUUUGAAUCAGAAGAAUGCAAACCUGAUCGAAGUCAAUGAGGAGGUGAAGAAGCUCUGUGCCACACAGUUCAACAACAUCUUCUUCCUGGAUUGAGGGCCGGCCUUCUGUCACCACUGCCAGUUACUGGUCCUCUUACUGACUGUACUCAUGACGUAGUAAAGCAAUACCUGCUAUGAAGAUCCAUUUCUACUCAGUCUGAUGAUCGCCUGAGGUUUUUAGAUUUUCAAUAUUUAUGUGGAAUUAAAGGUAGUCGGCUCUA